UAAAAAAUUUGACUGAGAUAGUGUAAGCCCAGUCAACCAAAGAUAUGAGAUUUCGGGAGGAGAGAGAAGGCGAACUAAACCUGAUGAGAUUCCAUUCUCUCUGUGUCCUCCGCUGAAUCACCGCGUAGAGGUAUAAACCAAUUACCAACCCUUUUGUAACCUCCACCCAAAAGCCCGCUUGAUCACUUGCCUCUCUCUUUUUCUCUCUCUCUCUCCAGUCUCCAUUAAUCCAGGAAGGUUGGCCUUCUUUCAGGAGAGCCGUGUCCUCUCAAAGUCUCAAUCUGGCACUCGACGGAACAACACCCGGGACACGGAAACGCAGAGUAAAGAAGAAGAAUAAGAAAGAAUGAUAUGAGAUGAGAUGGGUAUAACCAGUCAAUAUUUCAAACCCCAACCUCACUACUCCUCCCUGGCAAAGAAGCUCCUAACCCUGUCUCUUUUUGCUCUUCUUCCCUUGACUCUCAUUCAUUUUUACUUCUACCAUGUUCCCCUAACGCAAUCUCUACCCAAUCAAGUCCCCCAAAACGAACACAUCAUCGUCUCCUCUCAAGCUCAAGAAGAAAGGUCUAACGAAACCCCAUGUGACUACACCGAUGGCAAGUGGGUACGCGACAAGUCGGGCCCUCUCUAUAACGGCACAAGCUGCAGUACGAUCAAGGAAGGCCAAAAUUGCAUCAGCCAUGGAAGACCUGAUGUGGGUUUCCUCUACUGGAGGUGGAAACCAAAGCGGUGUGCGCUCCCGAAGUUUGAACCCACAACCUUCCUCCGGCUCCUCAAGGACAAACAUUUGGCUUUCAUCGGCGAUUCCAUGGCCAGAAACCAGUUGGAAUCGUUACUUUGCCUACUCUCCACCGUCUCUACUCUUGACCUUGUCUACCGAAACGGCGACGAUAACAAGUUCCGGAGAUGGUACAUUCCUUCUCAUAACAUCAAUGUUUCAAUUUAUUGGUCGCCAUUCCUGGUGAAAGGAAUCGAGAAAUCGAACACGGGUUUCAAUCACAACAGACUGUAUUUGGACUCCGUUGACGACCGAUGGGCAUCGGAUCUAGAUGGGAUGAACAUGAUAGUAUUAUCUGUGGGUCACUGGUUCCUCCAUCCUGCAGUUUAUUUCGAGAGGGAAGUAGUACUAGGGUGCCAUUAUUGCCCUGGUCUCAAUCACACUGAGAUUGGUUUCUACGAUGUGUUGAGGAAAGCUUUGAAAACAACACUUGAGGCUGUGUUAGACAGGCGUAGUGCAAUGGAUGUGAUUGUGACCACAUUCUCACCUUCGCAUUUUGAAGGGGAAUGGGACAAGGCAGGGGCCUGUCCGAAGAAGAAGCCGUUCACAGAAGGGGAGAAAGAGCUUCAACCAAUGGAUGCAGAGAUGAGGAGGAUAGAAAUGGAGGAGGUGGAGGCGGCCAAGAAGAAAGCGAGCCAACUCAGCGUCGCCGGGUUGAGGUUGGAAGCAUUGGAUGUGACCAAAUUAUCGUGGAUGAGACCGGACGGCCACCCUGGCCCGUAUAUGUACCCUUUCCCUUUUGCCAAUGGCAUCCCGGAGCGUGUGCAGAACGACUGCGUUCAUUGGUGCUUACCGGGACCCACUGAUACGUGGAAUGCAAUACUGUUAGAGUUUAUGAAGAGAUGGGAGGCUCAGUCAAGCUCAAGGAGAGAUGGAUGAGACGACGGUCGACGGGGUCAUGGCAUGCUCAUGCUGUUGGGAGUGAGGCAGAAAGUUGGUGCAUUUUGGUUCACAACACUCAUGGCUCAACAGAGAGAGAGAGAGAGAGAGAGAGAGAGAGAGAUUCUCUGUGUCUGUGAUUGUGGGUAUGGAUAAUUAUUGCUUUAGAAGAGGAAAGCGGAAGAAGGGUUGGCCAUUGUAUUCUUGAGCUUUCAUUUUCCGAGUUAAAAAAGCAAAAGUAGUGACUAGUGAGACAGAAUUAGAAAGGACAGAGCUUUAAUGACACAAAGGAAACAUUACAAUCUUGCUAAAGAAGGCUUUUUGGUUGCGUAAGGUGCACAAAUGAUCUGAAUUGGAUGUUUUUACUUUUACAAGCGAUCCUUUUUACUUUUUUAGGGAGCUAUAUAUUCUCGAGUUGUAUAUUGUGCUUGGACCAGGGAAGUUGUAAUAUCUAAUAUCAGUGGACUCCCGGUUUCCCACCACAACACUCAUAACUCUCCCAGUCUCCCCUCUCUUUUUUCCUUGCUCUGGUAAGCUCAUUAGAGAGACUACUCAUACUCAUCAUACUCCAUGUACUAUUUCGCUUUAGUUGUUGUUCUGUAGAUGUAGAAAGUGUUUGUCAUCAAUCAUGGACUUUGGGUCGAUCUCAAAUGGUUAUAGCAA